CUCUCCCUCAACUGCAAACCUCACAUAAGUUUUUUCCCCACCACCACCAAUAAGGGAGCACCGAGCGACCAUGUCUCAGCCAGAAUGGCAGUCCGUCAUUCGCGAGCGCCUUAUUGCUAAUCAGCGACAACAAGAGCCUUACACUGACAUUGUCGAUCAAUAUCGUAAACUUGCAAAGACAACGCGAGAACUCAAAGUUCGGAAUAAAGCUCUCUUGAAGAGCGGUGGUGGUGGUGGAGGUGGUGGGGGUGGACCGGACGGGACUGCACCACUUUUAACCCAUCUUGAUGCCCAAUUAACAUCUCUUCGGAACGAACUAUCUACCCUCUACCGUAGUCAAGCGGUGUCCCAGAACAAACAACUCCAAUUAACAGACGCUAUCCGCGAACGCGAUGCCACCGCCGCUAAUCUUCGGGACGAACUCAACUCCCUCCGUGCCGACCGGGCCGCUUUGGAAAAACGCGUAAUUGAAUGGGACUUGCGCUGGAAAAACCGGGAGAAAGAUAUGGAGACUCUGUCGGAUGAGAUCAUGUCCCUCAACCUCGAGAUCUCGGCUUUGACAGAGAGAAAUGAGGGGCUGUUGAAGGAUAAUGCGAAUUUGUUGCAGAGAUGGUUGGAUAAGAUGAACGAAAGAGCGGAAGAGAUGAAUCAAGCGUUUGAGAAGGAGGCGGGGGUGGCAAAGGGGUUCAAGGAAGAGGAGGAAAUAUUUGAAGAAGCCUUUGAAGAGGUCGAGCCACCAGAGGAAUCAGAGAAUGACGAAAGAAAGAAGGAUAAGGAAAAGGCGAAAGCUCCGGCUGCGAUUACUACCACUGCUUCACAAAGCACAAAAUCCAAACCUUCUAUUACGAAGCCCGCCAUCGCCCACACCAAACCCCCCGCCCCAGCCGCCGAUCCUACCAGAUCUCGUACCUCCCGCACGUCCCUGCCUUCUUCAACCAGCUCUCGCUUAGUGACCAAACCCCGCACUUCUUCCAGUACCAAAUUGUCUUCUACAUCUGAAAAGCCAGAAAAGGAAAAAGAUGAAAAGAAGACGGUCCCGUUACGAUCCGCUACCCCGCGCUCGAGUCGCCCAAGUUUAUCCCCUUCGCCAUCUCCUAUCCCCACGCCACCGACGGGCACUGUCAACUCUACCUCAGCCUCCGCUGCUGCCUCUGUUUCAAAUACUGGACGAAAAUCGUCAAGUCCCAAUCCAGCAGCACAGCCUCGCACACGGACAGGCUCGCAGCCUGGCGCCAGUACCCCUAAUGUUCCUACCGCUCCUAGCGCCCCAACCACCAGACGCUCGCCGAGUGCAUCUUCCCUCCGCGGCGGUUCCAUUACCGGUACGCCAGGGGUAAGAUCAACGUCUUCUUCGGUGAGAGAUAAGAUACGUGCGAUGGAAGGAAGUGGGACGUUAUCGCGUGCCGGACCGACGACAGGUGCGGGUAAGGCCAUGGGUAAGGGUACGGGGACGAGAACGCGUAAAAUUUCGUCCCCUGCACCGACUGCAACGCCUAAAGAGUCAGACACUCCUGCUAGCCAGGGAAGGGGAGGCAGUGAGAGGAUGGAUGAGAGUCAGAAUUCGGGCACAGCAGACAAAGGAAAAGAGCUGGGGGAUUUUCGCUAGAGCGGGAAGAUGAAGGAGGGCAGGCGGUUGAAGAGGGGGAUGAGGGAGAGCGGAUGUCAAUGUCUGUGUCUUCCCGCGCUAGUGUUUAUGUUGAUGCGUCCGAACAAGCUUUGAAAUUAUCAACGAUGGUGGAUGAACAGGUUAUUGAUAAUGGGGAAGAAGAAGAGGAAGGAUGGGAAGUGUUGCAUGGAUCAGGAUUGAUGGGGAAGAGUGUGGCGAGUGAGGAGUGGGAAGAAGCUAGGCAUUUUGUAGGAUGAAGAAUGGUUAGACGCGAGACGGCAGUCUCUACUCGAUUAUCAUGAUCUAUGGACAUGAUUCGAUAAAUAGCAUUUGUUAAAAUGGGUUCGUUGUAUAUAUCUGCAUGUAAUAACAUCGUUG